AAACUCAAAAAAACAAAGCGGGCGUUGUAUUUAAAACACAAUCUCUCCCAAUCCAACUCUCUCCCAACACAUCUCCUUGUUUCUUUCAGUCUCCCUCUCUCUGUGUCCAUUUUUUCCAGAGAGAAGUCUUCACCCUCCAUCGAUGGCCUUCUUAUCUUUCUUUGGCAGAGUCCUUUUCGUUUCAGUUUUCAUGCUUUCUGCUUGGCAAGAAUAUCAAGAUUAUGGCGUAGAUGGAGGGGCAGCAGCAAAGUCGCUUGGUCCAAAGUUUGAUACUGUCACAAAGCAUUUCACAACCCAGACGGGGUUACAAGUGCCAGAUUUUGAAAUCAAAUUUGCAGUUGCUGCAGCAAUUGGCUUAAAGACUCUGGGAGGGAUUUUCUUCAUCUUAGGCAGCAAUAUUGGGGCUCUUCUUUUGCUUUUGCACCAGGCAAUCAUCCCAACAAUCGUAUACGACUUCUAUAAUUAUGACAUCGACACAACUGAAUUCGCUCAACUCUUUGUAAAAUUCACUCAGAAUUUAGCACUUGCUGGGGCACUCCUCUUUUUCAUUGGAAUGAAGAAUUCCUUGCCGAGGAGGACUCUUAAGAAAAAGUCCGUUGUUAAAGCCAAGACUGGUUAAAGAAGAACUAAUGGUAAGACGUAUGGAGCUUGCAACAUUUAUGUGCGACUUGUCAGGAUUUGUACCCAUACAGUAGGUGGUGACUUUCUCUUGUUCAAUCGGGUCCGAAUCCUGUUUCCAAAUAUUCUGUAUUCGUUUUUUUAGCUAAAAGUACAAAUUUUCAAAGAGACAGAUUAAGUUAAUUAUAAUUUGACUAGGUAUUGUCUUGUUAA